UCACUCAUAAUAAGAAUGUUUGUAUAUAUUUUAUUUAAAACGACUAAGUAUUUUUUAAAGAGUUGAUUUCACUUUUUAUUUUUUAGGAGCUCCGGUCAUGGUAAUAAAAAGUGAGAAAGUUGCUGACAGAAGACCAAAAAUGAGCAGGAAUGUUUGAGCAUGGCACAGAGUCUGUUGACUCAGCACGGCGUGGAGUACGGCUCCACGAUGCGAACGGUGGCGGCUAAGAAACAUCUUGCCAAAAAAUGGCGUUCGCGGAAGCAGAGCUGUAGCGAAUCCAGUAGUUCUACAAGUGAAAGUUGCAGCAGCAGUGAUUCAGACGGUGAAUGUAGUUCAAGUAGAAGUUCAACUACAGCAGAAAGAGAGUUCUCUAUUGUGAAAGAAAGUAACUUUGCUAAUGGUCCUCUGAAACUAAAAAUAGCAGCGAGACGUAUUAAGAAAGCUCAAGAUGUUGCAAAUGGCAAUUUUGAUCCUGAAGAUGGCUCAAUGGAAUCUCCUUUAAAUGGCAGUGAGCCUGGGAAACUUGACAUUGUUGGGAAAAAUGCAAGUGGAAUAUUAAAAUGUUCUGGGAAAAAAUGUGAAGCUUCUGAUAGAAGACGUUGUAAAAGGAAAAGUAGUCAGAAACGAUGUCUCCAAACAAAAGAUUCCAGAGUGACGUGUAAUGGCCCAUAUUCCAGCUGUAAAGCUCCUAGGAAUGCUAGACGAUGUAGCACCAGUGCCAGCUCCAGUUCAUCAAGUUCUAGUGGCAGCUCCAGUGGCUCCUCUGGUAGCAGUAGUAGUGGUAGCACAAGUGGUAGCAGUACUGGUUGUAGUAGCAAUAGUAGUAGUGGAAGUAGCUCCAGCGGUUCCAGUAGUAGUACAAACAGCUCAAGUAGUAGUAGCAGCUCCAGUGGAAGUUCAACCGGUUCUGAAAGUGAGACAUGUUGCAGUGUUUCCAAUUAUAGGUAUUGUAGGCGUAAGAAAAAUAAAGUAUGCAGAAAAGCAUCUACAAAGUGCCAAGCCACUUGCACAUUACCAUACAAGCCAUCUUGUGAUGGAACUAUUUCUUCCAAAACAUCAUGUACAAAUGAACAUAAUAAAAGAUCAUCUGAUAAACAGGAAUUUGGAAAGGGCAAGUGUGUCACAAUUGACUGUGCGCGGAAUAAGAAUAUGCAAAUUAGUGAUAUCGACUGCUGUACAAACUCAUCGUCCGAAGAAGAUGGUUCUAUUGUGGAUGCUAAGGAUGAAAGUGUUCAGGAAUGCUUUAGCAUGUGGAGAAAAGUGGAAGAAAAACAUUGUGCCAUCGUUGAAGACAACUUCAAAAACCAAAGUAGCUCAGAACUUAUGCAAGUUUUAAGUGUAACUAAUGCAGAAGUUGAAUGUAAUAUUACCAGUAAAAUUGAACUAUUAAAAUCAUCUGAUAAACAGUUAAAUGUAAAUAGUGCAAGUUUUAAAAAUCAAAAUAGUACAAGUUAUGGUUUUGGCUAUUGCAUGGAGCAAAUGCCAUCCAUUUUGAAGGAAACUUCUGUUGCUGCAACUAGUCUUGAUUUGGAUGCUCUUCCUGUUGCUUUGUCUCAUGUUUCUCCGGACAGUGGCAUUCAAUCUUCGGGUGAUUCUCCUUUGCGGAUUGAAUGUGAAGGGUCAGAAUCCAACAGAAACACAAAUCAGAUGCCUGUCAGUCCUGUCAAUAAUGAAUUCUAUCAGACCAGUAAGCAAACUGAAAAUCAUCUUGAGAAACUUGAAUCAGAAGCCCCUAAGCAUGUAUCUCCGACUCCUUCACCCCCAGUUUUAACCCCAUCAGAACCAUUGUGGUCCCAAAGACACGAAGAGCCAGUGCCUAAUGUUGAAAAGAGGAAAUGUUUUGUGGAUGAUGAUCCUGCUCCUUUACUGAUCCAGGAAAGUUUAGAAUCAAAAUGCAGCAGCCCCAAACCCGAUGAAGAUUCUGCUUUUGAAUUAAAAUCUGCGAAGACAUCUGUAGGGGAAGAAAUACAGUCAGCUAGCAAAAAAACUAUUGAUUCUGAGGAAACAACCAAACCAAAUAAUGUCCCACUAUCUCCAGUUAUAUCUGGCUUAUCUUGUGACAUUAAAGUUACUAAUUCAGAUACAUUUUCACAAAGUUCCCUUCAUUUGAUGUUCAGUGAACAGUCAGUGGGGGAAGAAAAAACAGAGUGUUCUGUAUUUUCAAUUCACACAUCUUCACAAUUAUUACCAUCAGCGUCCACAUCCGAAUAUAAGCGUAAAAGAUGUAAAACAUCAAAGCGAAGCAAUGAUGUAAAUACUAAGGCUGACAAUGAGCUUCAACUUUUAGUUCAAAGUGUUCAAGAUUCCAUAAGUUCUCAAUUUCAAGGAGUAGAAUCGGAUGAACUCAGUGAUGUUGAUGUUAACAGCAUACCUGUAACAGCUUUGACUUGUGAUGCUACUGGUGAUAGUUUCUGUGAUAAACUCUCAAGUGAUGACAACAUCGAUAUGUUUUUAAAUACCAGAGCUUGCAUGUCAAGUGAUGAGAAGAACAACAAAAGUACCGAAAUCAAGGGCGACCCUACGUGCGAUGUGUCCAGUAAUAUGAAUUCGGAUCAUCCAGAUUCAGACACUACUUCUGUGUGUGAGAAAAUGCUGGUGGAUUGUUCAGAAAAAGUUAUAUCACCUACAAUUCAAAAAGAAAAUGAGCUUGCAUCUACAGAAGCAGAAGUAAAACAUGAAGAAAUUGCUGUUUCUCAUGAAGAAAUUUCUGAUGAGGUACAGCAUGAAACAAAACCAAUUAGUCCAGAUGUAUGCAGUCAAUCGAUUUCUAGCACAAUCGGAGCAUCAGAAAACUCGGAAAAACUGUGUGAAGGUAGUAAUAAUGAUCAAGUACUUGUUGCAUCAUUGUCUAACUCUGCCCCUCAAACUAAACAGGAAGAUAACUCAGUUUUGUGCUUAACUGAAAAUAUCUCUGAGAGCACUGAUGCAUGCAUUAUUAAUGAUUCAGAUAAGAAAUCAAAUCAGACUAGUAAAGCAGGCAGAAAAAAGUCAUUGAAAAAGGGAAAACGCAAGGGCAAGUCGACUAAUUGCAAACCAGUACCAUUAGAAAAAAAGUGGGAGGAACCCGUUUCUCAAAAUGAAAUUGUUGAUGCGUGUAAAGACAAAUCACUGGAGCCCAUUGGAGUUCCUACAGAAGUUGAAGCAAAAAUAGUACCACAUAGUGUUAAUUCUGAUUCUUCUCUCCAUGAGGAUGUAGAAUAUUGCUUAAAAAAUUUAACAAUUGAAAGUAUUCCAUCUGAUGCCAAAGAAUCUCCUAUGCCAAUUCAAACUGAUGUGACUACUGCUUUAAAUGAAGCAAAAGUGGAUUCUUCUAUUGCUCAAGAAUCUGAAACAUCGCCAAAGCAAUCUUUAGAACUUCUUACAGAAUCUCCUUCUACAGCUUCAUCUUCCAUGAUUCAGGAAAUAAAACAGUCGAAGAAAUGUGCCAAGAGUACUGUUAAGAGUUUAAAAGGAAAGAAGAGUUCCAAUGUUAGUAAAAAAAGUAAAGGCAAUACUCGUGGAAGAAAAAAAAUAAAUGUUGAUUUUGAAAGUGAAUGUGCAAAAAAUCUAGUUUCAGACAUUAAAAACCAAACCAAUAUGAAAAAUAUGUUGAGUGAUGGAUUUGAAUGCAACACCACUGAGCAUAGAAUUGAUGAAAAAAACAUUGAAAAUUCAUCAAGUAGUAAUAUUGAAUGUAAGUUAUCGUUGGAUGUUGAUGAAAAGAAUGAAAUGAUGCAAGAGUUAACAAAACCAACUGAAACAACUGGUGAACCAGAUUCCUCUUUGUUUUCCCUGCUUAGGAUCUCAUCUGAAACUAAUGUAGAAAGUACAUCAAACAAUAGCAAUCUAAUUAAAAAUCAAAUUAGUCACCAUAAAUGUAGAGGGAAAAGUUCUAAAACUAAAAGGUCAAAAAUUAAUUUAAAUAAAAAUGUGAAAAAUGGACAAUAUUUAUCAGAAAAUGUUGAAAAUAUUGAUGAAAACUUAAUUAAAGAGGAUAACAAAGAGAAAGAAAUUGAAAAUUUGCAACCUGUGGAAUCAAAUUCUGUUCAUAAUGAAAGUACAAUCAAAAUCUUACCAAAAAUAGAUGAUAGCAAAAAUAAAUUAAUGAAAGGGAAAGCAGAUGAAGAUCAGUUAAAUGAUGAAGCCAAACAAGAAUUGAAAAAAGGAAUUAUCCCACAAGAAGAAACUAAAGGAAAAUAUACUGAAGAAGAAAUGAAACAGAGCAUUGAAGAUUUGAGCAAGUCAUCAUUGCCAAUAAAUAUCAGUGAUAAUCUUAAAAAUGAUAACUUUUCUAAAGACGUCAGUGUUAAAACAUCAUUACGUAAAGAUAUUCGAAAUAAACGAAAAAAAGAGAUUGAAGCAAAAGCUUGCAGUUAUGAUAACGUUGAUGCAAUAAUUGCAGAAGUUGCCAAUGUUGGUAUUCAUGAUGAUGCUGAGACUAAAGAGUUUUACAGUAAUGAACAAGUAAAAGAUAAUGUGAAAGAAAUAUCUGUGUCUCCAGAUAAAUUUUCAUCACCUGAAAUUUCAGGAACAUGUGGAACCAAAGGGAAGACAAAAAAAGCUUGUAACAAAAUAAAUUCAUCCAAAACUGACAAAGAAUCUUCUCAAUCAUUAUCUGCCCAUUUAUUGGAUGUUUUAGUGGACUCAAAGCAAAGUUGUGCAAAAACAAAGCAAAUUGCUACUAACACAAGGCCCAAAAAAGUUUCUAAAUAUGUAGGGAAAAAAGAUACCCCCGUUGAAGAUAAUUCUUUGGUACCUUUGUCUGAAUUAGAUGAUAAAAAGGUGGAACUAAAAUCAAGAAAUGUCCUCGAUACUUCAGUAGAUGUUAUUGUUUCACCAGAUAUUGAUUGUACUGAUGCUAAAGUUCAAACUACAAGCAAGAGCUCAAGCAAACGAAGGACUUCCAAAGCUGUAAAAAAGGAUACUGCACCUCAGAAUGUUUCAAACAAAACUCUUGUAAAUAAAACUUCCAAAGUUGAUGCAUUGCUCACUAAGAGCUCCCUCCAAGAUGAUGAACCAUGUGAUGAUAAUAUCAAUGCUAAUGCUAAAUUAAAUGAUAAAAUGCCUAAGAAAGGAAAAACUACUAAAAGCACUAAAAAGGAUGCCAAAUCAAAAGUUGAAGAGGAAAAAGAAAACUUCGAUAUUCAGAAAGGUGAAGAGGAAAUAGAGAAAGGAAUUCACCAUACUUCAUCGACUAUAGAUUUUUCAGAAAUCAAUGAAACAGAUCUCUUAGAGAAAGAAUCAGAAAAAGAUGAUGCCUUAUCAUCAUUGUCAGUAAAUGAAGAAGAGUGCCAUGUACCUGACAAUUAUUCUGAUGCAUGUGGAUCAAGUGGAAUAGAUAGACACUCGUCCCUUGAAAUGAAGCAUUUAAAAAAGAAGAGAGCCGUUAAGGCCAAGUAUUCUGAAGAUCCGACUUUUAUUGCUGACUUAGAUGAUCUGGCAACAUCACUAAUGAAUUGCUUCAUAUCUAAAAAGACUAAUAAAACUAGGAUUGAAAUAAAUGUUGUACCUUUAAUGUUUCAAGUGAAGAAAUACAUUAAGAAAAAUGAAAAACGCUCUCGUCUUGCUCAUUCUGCUCCUACCAAAAAUAAGGUAACAAAAGCAAAGGUGCUUCCUCCCAAGAAAAAAUCAAAGUCUGGUUUUAAAAACAAGGUGGUCAAAUCUGCACCUAAGACUUUAAUAACUCAAAAGACUAAAGCAGUCAAUGAAAGCUGCCUUCCUCUGAAAAAACGAAGAUGCCAUGUUGCUCCUGUUCAAAACCAGAAUGUGAAGCCUGUGCUUGAGCCAGUUGUCACGAAAACACCAGCAUCUAAAAAGCAAUUCAGUUUGAAAAAUUCUUUUGAUGAAACUAUUGAAGACUGUAUACGCAAACAUAUGAUGAGUGAUACUGUAGAAAGUGAGAAAAAUAUUGAACAUGCAAUGGAAGUUCGGAUGAAAAAUAAGAAAGCUAAAUGUGACAAGAAAUUAGCUUCUUCAGAGUCGAUUGAAGAGACUAUUGAUUGUUGCAUCAAGCAAUUCUCUCCAACUCCUGAAGAAACAGUUUCAGAAGAGUUAUUUUCAGACAAACAGGAAGAUUUUGCUGAUGACAUACCACUUGCAUCUUUAACUAAAAUGAAGAAUCAAAUAUUGCCUCAGACCAAUAAGAAAAGACAGGCCCAACAACAACUGAAACCCAAAGUUUCCGAUGUUUCUUUGGCAUAUAGGCAAAAACGCAAACGUCUUUUGAAGGAGGCAUGUGUACAGGUUCAGAAGAAUAAAGAGGAAUCAGAAUCGGCAGUAAACGGACAAAAGAAGAAGCGAAGGUUCAGGAAUAAAACGGGAUUCGUCCGUAUUAGAAAGAAAAAGGCAAGACCUGUAGUUCAGCAAGUAGUAGAUGUUCAAACAAAAGAUGUGAAUGCAGAUGGGGAAGUGAUUGACCUUACUCUGGAUGAUACAGUUGGAGAUGCUAUUGAAACAGUAAUCAAGUCUUCUGAGAAAGAAUCUUGUACAUCUCGAAGGAAACGUAAGAACAUUGCCCAGAAAUGUGAAAUUGAAGUUUUGGACCUUACCAGUGGCAAUGAUGAAAAUGAUGAAGACUGUACAAUUUUGAAGAAACCAAAGAUGGAUGAUGAAGAAGUUCUGGAUCCAAAGUAUCAACAAGUGAUUCAAGUAACUGAGCCGUCUUCUGGUCGGAAAUCUACUCCCAUAGAUCCCAGGAAAAAUCGUAAGCGAGAGAUCAAUUUUCCCAAAAAGAAGUUUUUGAGAGCAGGAUUGUACUCGUCAUCUUUCAAGCAAGAUAACCAUACUGUUAAGAAAUCAAAUGGCAAAAAAUCAAAAUCAAGAGAAAUAAAGGAAUAUAUACCUGAAGAUCAUGAAUUUGGUUUAAUGCCGUUGCCCAUUAAUUAUGGAAAGCAUUUCAUGGAAAAAAGAUUUGUAUACAAGUUGCCUUAUGAAAUUUGGUGGCUGUACAAAAACAAGCAGCUUGUGUACAAUGAUGAGUUGACUACCAAUUACAGGAAAAUAAGAACAAAUGUUUAUGUUGACAUUAAACCACCGACUGAUUUUAAAAAUGAUGACCCAUCUUGUAAUUGUACUCCGCCAAAAGACAAUCGAAGAAAAGGUUGUGGAGCUGAUUGUUUGAAUAGGAUGAUGUAUGUUGAAUGUUCUCCUCAAUUGUGCCCCUGUGGAGACCAGUGCUCAAAUCAGAGAAUUUUCAAACAUGAAUGGAGCCCAGGCCUUGAACGCUUCAUGACCAAAGAUCGAGGUUGGGGUAUAAGAACUACAGAAUAUAUUAGAAAUGGUGAAUUUAUUUUGGAGUAUGUCGGUGAAGUUGUCAGUGACACGGAAUUUCGCCAUCGUAUGGCAGAGCGUUAUCAAAAUGAUCAGCAUCAUUAUUGCUUGAGUUUAGAUUCUGGAACUGUUAUUGAUGGCUAUCGACUCGCUGGGGAAGGACGUUUUGUUAACCACUCAUGUGAGCCUAAUUGUGAAAUGCAGAAAUGGUUUGUUAAUGGGCAUUAUAGAGUUGCACUAUUUUCAUUGAAAGACAUCUAUCCAAAUACAGAGCUUUGCUAUGAUUACAAUUUCAUUAACUACAACUUAGAAACACAGCAAAUAUGUAGGUGUGGAAGUUCAAAAUGUCGAGGUUUCAUUGGCGGUCGUUCCCAAAAGAAAGAACGUCUAAAUGGUCAAAAUAAAGAAAAAACUAAGCAAGUAAAACAUAAAGCUGUUGUUGAUUUGAAAAAAGGACCUGGUCGACCCAAGAAAAGGAAAGAUGAUCGACCAGUAGAGAUUCAAAAAGAGCAUGUGAAAAACGAGUACCUGCCAUACAACAGACAGUCAUUUACAAUUCAAAUGAAACCUAUGUCUCAUCAGCAGAGAUGUUAUGUUCAGAAACAUCAUUGCUUUCUUCUAAGAAAUUAUGAAAAAGUUAAAAAAGCUAAAGACCAAGCAAGAGUUGCUGCUGAGAAAGAAGCAGAGCGGGAGAUGUCAGUAAAUAAACAAGAUGCUUUCCUUACUCAAUUUACUGCUUUGAAUACCUCAAGAUCUGUGAAGACAAGGAGACUUGCCAUAGCAGAAGAAAAUACAGAAUUAACUAAAACUGCUCGACUAGCUCAAGUUUUUAAGGAUAUUUUCAAAGCUGUGACAUCAUCCAAAGGUGAAGAUGGAAAUGUUUUGGCUACUCCUUUCUUUCAACUACCAACGAAAAGAAGGAAUUCUGACUAUUACAACAAAAUUAAGUUCCCAAUUGAUUUUUCAAUGAUUGAGAAGAAUAUAAUUACUGGGCAUUAUGCAAGUGUAGAAGCUUUUGAAGAUGAUUUUCUGAGGCUUUUUGAAAAUGCUGAAGAGUUUUAUGGUCGAACUUCAGAAUUUGGCUUGAAAAUUUCUCAUUUGCGUAAAUCUUAUGAAGCAGCAAAAACAGAUGCAAUGAUAUUAUUUGAAGAUAUUCUUGGAGAAGCAAUAUCCUCUGUAUUUUUAUCAUCUAAAACUGAUGACAAAUCUGAUGAAGAUGAUGAAGUUAUAAGAUGCAUUUGCAAUAUUUAUAAAGAUGAAGGUCUUAUGAUUCAAUGUGAAAAAUGCUUAGUUUGGCAACAUUGUGAUUGUGUUGGUGUUGAUGGAAAAGUUGAAAAAUAUUUGUGCGAGCAGUGUAGCGGAUUAGAGCUAUCAAAGGAAGUACUAAUGAUACCUCGACCACAUUAUGCCACUCCAGACUGUCAGUAUUAUAUAACUCUUCUAAAAGAUGAAUUACAAAUAAAACAAGGAGAUUGUGUUUAUCUUCGAUAUGAAGAAGAAGAAGGUUCGUCUUCAUGUGAAAAAGUUCAAGAUCAAAUUUUGGCUCAGGGAAUGGAAAAUGGAGAUGCUGCUGCAAGGGAAAGUCUUAGAGGAGAAAAAACAGAACAGUUGGAUAUUUUUCGUGUGGAGAGGUUAUGGAAAGAUGAAGAGAAUAAAAAGUAUGCCUUUGGACAUCAUUAUUUACGACCACAUGAAACUUAUCAUGAACCAUCUAGAAAGUUUUUUCCUAAUGAGGUGUUCAGGGUACCAUUAUAUGAAAUUAUUUCAUUUGAUUCUAUUAUUGGCCACUGCUGUGUAUUAGAUCUUCCGACUUAUUGCAAAGGACGACCGAAAGGAUACAAAGAGGAAGAUAUAUAUAUCUGUGAAUAUCGAGUUGAUAAAACUGCUCAUAUGUUCUACAAGAUAUCAAAGAUAAAGUAUCCUGUAUGUACAAAAAAAUAUGCUUUUGAUCAUUUUGAUAAGAAGUUAAAUCCUAAAAGAACUUUUGUGCCUCAUACUGUUCCUUCCGCUUACCAAAAGAAAGUAGCUUCUGACCGUGGAUCAUGUGCUGAAAGAAAAUCCUCAAAAUCUGACCUAAAUCAAAAAGAUGAAAAGAAAAAGAAAAGUCCUGUGAAAGAAAUUGAUACUAGAUUAGAAGAAACGCCAGAAAGUAGGGAGAAAAAAAGAACUCAUUUAAAUAAAUUCUUACUCAAGCUUCUGAGUCAAAUGCCAUGUAAACAGACUGUAGAUCUCUCAUACCUAUUGGAUGGGAGUUUAGGUAAAAGAAUACGAAGGAAAACAAAUCUAUCUUUAAGCUGAGUGUAGUAGUUCGCCUAGUGGCGAACGUAUUAAAUUAUAACUAUUGUGCCAGUUGAGAUCUGCUACUGUCUGCUCAUGCACUGCCUGAAUCUGCAUUGGUGCAGUGUAGCCUACUUCCCAACAGACGAAGUUGAUGUCCUGUGUUCGGCGCCUGCUCCAAUUUGCUGAUCUGACGAUUUCGUGAUAUGUACAGCAGUAAUUUUCAAAUCAGAAAUGUAUGUUUUUAAAUGUAUUGCAUCUGUGUUGUAGGCAUUUUGCCAGUUUGAGUUUUAAUCAUGAAUUGUUGUUUGUCCCAUCAGUUUCAUGUCCACUUUUUGUCAGUCAUCAUGACAAGAUGGUUAGCAUGCUUUUAACAUAGGUAAAAUGUUUAAGUAUUGGGUAAUUUUAUGAGAAAAUGUUCAUUCCAUUUUAUUGUCAUUGUAAUGUCUCAUGAAAUAAUGUGCUGCAUUAUUUCUAUUUUAAUAUCUAUCAUAAUCAAAAACAUUUGUUGUUUGAUUCAUUGUGAACUUCAGAAAGUAU